AGCAUCCGAUCCCUUUUCUUUCUUCUUCAAUACUCCAAUCUCUCUCUCUCCGAGCGAAACGAGAUGGGUAGCAUCUUCUCCUACCUCAAGCAACGCACCCAAGUCUACACCUGGCAACACCCUGCGACGACCAAUUCCAGCCAGACCAGAGUGCCGUUGCCGCUGCCGUCCCAACGCACUAUGUCAAAGGAAGAGGUCCAGAAUCACAGGAGGAGUGCUACAAAGAAAAAAUACUCCUUCAUUGCCGACAACUUCACUUCCCUUGAUCAGGUUACUGCCGCCUUGAGAGAAGCGGGACUGGAGUCAUCUAAUCUCAUUGUCGGAAUUGAUUUUACGAAAAGCAAUGAGUGGACAGGCAAAGCUUCGUUUGGGAACCGGAGCUUACACACUAUUGGAAAUACCCCAAAUCCGUAUGAGAGCGCCAUCUCAGUCAUUGGCAAGACUUUGGCUCCAUUCGAUGAGGACAACUUAAUCCCGUGUUUUGGCUUCGGUGACGCCACAACCCACGAUCAAGAGGUCUUCAGCUUUCACAGUGAUCAUUCUCCUUGCCACGGAUUCGAAGAAGUUUUGACCUGCUACAGACGGAUCGUUCCGAAUUUGAGACUUGCAGGACCGACAUCAUACGGACCAGUGGUUGAGGCGGCAGUCGACAUUGUGGAGAGAAGUGGCGGGCAGUUUCAUGUAUUGGUCAUUAUUGCUGAUGGUCAGGUUACAAGGAGCGUUGAUACUCAGGAUGGGGAACUGAGUCCACAAGAAGAAAGGACGAUCCAAUCAAUCGUGACUGCGAGUUCAUAUCCGCUUUCUAUAGUCCUUGUUGGAGUGGGUGAUGGACCGUGGGAUGACACGAAGAAGUUCGAUGACAAGAUCCCCGCCCGUGAUUUUGAUAAUUUUCAGUUUGUCAAUUUCACCAGUAUUAUGUUGAGAAGUGGAACGCAAUCCGAGAAGGAAGCUUCAUUUGCUCUUGCUGCUCUCAUGGAGAUCCCAUUUCAGUAUAAAGCAGUCACGGAACUCCGCAUUCUUGGCCGUGUUACGGGGAAAGCUAAGAGGAUAAAUCCACGCCCUCCUCCUGUUCCUCACCGUCCACAAACCGUCCUUACUCGUGAACCAAGCAACCCUUCAGCCACCACAGCAGACGAUCAGAACCAGGCCUGUCCUAUUUGCCUGACAAAUCGCAAGGACAUGGCAUUUGGCUGCGGUCACAUGGUGAGCUGCUCGAAAUUUUCCUCCCACUUUACUUGUAGGGAGUGCGGACCAAGGGUGCGGAACUGUCCUAUAUGCCGCCUGCCAAUCAGCAGUCGCAUGCGGUUGUAUACAUAAGAACAGAUUGUAGAACCUAUAUAUAUCAGAAUAUUGUUAACAUUCUUCUGGGUGUAGAAAAUCACCAUACGAUUGUAAAGCUUGAUUCCCGAGACUCAUAGUACUAGAGUUUCGUUGCUUUUGCCAUUGGUAUAGACACUGGUUGUACCUGACGACCUUAAUUACUCUCUUUGGCUGUUGCCUUCUGUGUUAGCAGCAAUAUUAUUUUUUUACUUGAGCCCA